AUGCCGAGUGAUUUGCCUGCAGCUGCCGGCUUCACCCUGAGCAAGGUAAUACUGUGUGCAGCAGAAGGGGGAGAAGACAGCUCUGUUGCUGCAGAUCUGGGCAGACGGGGGUGGUCCCAGCUCACCACCAUGAAAUUGAUCCUGCUGUACUUGCUUGUGGCUCUUUGGGUCCUUGGUGAAGGUGGUAAAACAGCAGAGAGAAGACCAGAACUGUCAAAAGGCGAUUCAGAUGGCUUUUUCUCGAAUGAUCCGCUACUUGGUGGCUCCAUUCGAAGAACGAAAUCUCCUUCUGGUUCAUCGUCAGACGUAAGUGGAGAUGAAGGCCGGCCCAGAAAACGUCGUGAUGCUGAGAGUUCAGACACUACCGCAGGUGUUACAAGCUCAUCAGAACACACUGCAUCUGGAACCUUCAGUACUCCAGGAAAAGGAUCCCAUAUUCCAGAAGCAACCCCAACAUACUCAGAAACAACUACAAUUAUUGGCGAAACCUCUACCUGGGGCUCCGGGGUGUACAAAGCAUUUAACGGCCACAUCUUCGCCUUUGAGUCCUUGUGUCCAUACACCUUCUGCCGCCAUUGUGUCGAAUCUGGAGGGGAUUUCAACAUUGAAAUCAAACGCAACAAUGAGAGUGAGAUUGAGAAUAUCCAAGUCCUCCUUGACGGCAAUGAUGUCUCCAUUUCUGCUGGUGCCGUUUCAGUUAAUGGUGAAAGCGUGCAGAUACCAUACAACAAUAAGCUGAUCAACAUUAUAAAAUACGGAGAGCAUAAUGUUCUGAAGAGCCGCAGGGGAAUCUUGUCUUUAAUGUGGGACAAAAAUAAUAAACUCUCACUCACGCUACACAAGCAGUACCCCACCUGUGGUCUCUGUGGCAACUUCAACAGCACACCAGGGCAAGAUAUCAGUGAGCACAUUGCCAGCAGUAAAAUUCCUGGAGAUUGCCUGGCUGCUGUUAGCAAAAGCUUCAACAUUUGUGAUGAGGGCGUACAGCACUGUGACAGCAUCAUCGGGACCUACUUUGAGAACUGCGCGAAGGUGGCUGCCCUGGUGGACGACUACAAAACCGUGUGCGUGGACGCGUAUUGCAGCAGCGCAGACGGGCUGGGCACCUGUGGCACCUACUCGGAGCUGUCCCGUCUGUGUGCCGCGGACGGCCCCGGGGUGUUUGAGGGCUGGCGAGAUGAUCCCGACGUGGUUUGUGAAAAGCCCACUUGUCCAGAAAACCAUAUCUACAAAGAGUGUGGACUCUCUAACCCUGCAACAUGCUCCAAUGUGGCUCCUUUCCAGGACAGUGAAUGUGUGAGUGGCUGCACCUGCCCAGAAGGUUAUCUGUUGGAUGACAUUGGAGACAAAGGAAGUUGUGUCUUGAAGGCUGACUGUCCCUGUGAAUCCAAUGGGGAUGUCUAUCAGCCAGGGGAAGUUCGGGAUGGUCCUUGUGGCUCUCAGUGUACAUGCCAAGAUGCAAAGUGGUCUUGCACGGAAGCUUUGUGUCCUGGGAGAUGCAAGGUGGAGGGAAGCCUGUUUACCACCUUCGACAAUAACAAAUACAACCAUCCUGGAAACUGUCACUUCUUGGCUGUUCACGGUAAUGACUGGUCCAUCAGUGUUGAGCUUCGACCGUGUCCCAGUGGGCAGACCGGGACGUGUUUAAACAGUGUCACCCUGGCCUUGAAUUCUUCUGUUUCAGUGGACAAAUACGUGUUCAAUAGGGAUGGAACAGUCAUGAAUGACAAGAUUAGCAAUCAAGAUUAUUACUAUUCAGAUAAAAUACAGAUCUUCAAAGUGUCUUCUAUGUACCGUCAAGUAGAAACUGACUUCCAUGUAAAAAUGCAAAUACAAAUUGUUCCCGUGAUGCAGUUAUAUGUUUCCAUGCCACCCAAUCAGUUCACAGACACCGUAGGUCUCUGUGGCUCCUACAACAACAAAGCGGAGGAUGAUUUCAUGUCAAGUGAGAAUAUUCUGGAGAAGACGUCACAGGCCUUUGCGAGUUCUUGGGCCAUGAUGUCCUGUCCAUCAGGAACCCCUGCAUCUUGUGUCAGCAUAGAUACAGAAAAAUUUGCUGAGAAGAACUGCGGAAUUCUUCUUGAUCCAAGUGGGCCUUUUGCUGCCUGCCAUGCAGUCGUGAACCCUAAGUUCUAUCAUGAGGAGUGUAAGAAGUACACCUGCUCCUGUGAGAACACUGCAGACUGCCUGUGCACAGUGUUGGGCAACUACGUGAAAGCGUGCGCAGAGAAGGAGACAUACCUGCGGGGCUGGAGAGCAGGGCGCUGUGAACUCUCUUGUGCAAGUGGCCUAGUUUUCAAGUACAAUGUAAAAGCUUGCAACAGUUCUUGCCGAUCAUUGUCAGAGAGAGAUAGGAGCUGUGAUGUAGAAGAUGUUCCAGUUGAUGGAUGUGCCUGUCCUGAUGGAACGUACCGGAACAAUGAAGGCAACUGUGUACAGAAAUCUCAGUGUGAUUGCUACAUGGAUGAUGAGGUUAUACAACCAGGCAGGCUCAUCCACAUUGAAGACAAUACAUGUGUCUGUCAGGAUGGGAUUCUUCUCUGUCAGACCCCCAUUGAUUCAACCCUCCAGAACUGCACAGGAGGGGCCGAGUACAUCGACUGCAGUGAUCCCCAAGCACGGACCAGAAUCGACAGAACAUGCAGCACUAGGAACAUACCCAUGUUCUAUGGAGACUUGCCUUGCAAGCGUGGGUGCUACUGUCCAGGAGGAAUGGUUCGUAAUUCUAAGGGGCAGUGUGUCCUCCCUGAUGACUGCCCUUGCUCCUUUGGUGGGCGAGAAUAUGACCAAGGAAGUGUCACCUCUGUCGGCUGCAAUGAAUGUACAUGCACAAAAGGGUCGUGGAACUGUACACAGAAUGAGUGUCAGACCACCUGCCACAUCUACGGGGAAGGCCACGUCAGGACCUUUGAUGGACUAAGUUACACCUUUGAUGGCCUGUGCCAGUAUUCAUUCAUCGAGGAUUACUGUGGUGGUGAGAACGGCACCUUCCGGAUCCUGACGGAGAGUGUCCCGUGCUGUGAGGACGGCCUCACCUGUUCAAGGAAAGUCAUCGUGGCACUGCAGGAUCAGAAUAUUGUCUUGCAAGACGGUAAAGUGACGGCCCUGAAAACGACAGAGAGUCAGAACUGUGAGCUGAGCUCACAGACAUACUCUGUGCACACCGUCGGCCUGUACUUGGUUCUGAAGUUUGAAAAUGGAAUCGUCGUGAUUUGGGACAAGAACACAAGAGUGUCUGUGAUACUGGACCCUCGCUGGAAUGGAAAAGUGUGUGGCCUUUGCGGGAACAACAAUGGCGACUCAAAGGACGACUUCACCACCAGGCACUCCUCCAUGGCUGCUGGCGCGCUUGAGUUUGGAAACAGCUGGAAGACGAGUCAGGAGUGCUCCGACACGGUGGCCCAGAGCUUCCCCUGCGACUCCAACCCCUAUUGCAAGGCCUGGGCAGUGCGCAAGUGUGAGAUCCUCAGGGACAGCACGUUCCGAGAGUGCCACAGCAAGGUGGACCCCAGCACCUACUAUGAUGCAUGUGUGGAGGAGGCCUGUGCCUGUGAUAUGGAGGGCAAGUACCAGGGCUUCUGCACCGCUGUGGCCAUGUACGCCGAGGCCUGCAGCGCAGUGGGCGCCUGUGUCUCCUGGAGGAAGCCUGACCUCUGUCCCGUCUACUGUGACUAUUACAAUGGGCCUGGGGAGUGCAGCUGGCAUUAUGAGCCUUGUGGCACAGUGACAGCCAAGACGUGCAAAGAUCAGGUCAUCGGCCAGAAGUUCUCUGCACUCUUAGAAGGAUGCUACGCUAAGUGCCCAGAGAGUGCUCCAUAUCUGGAUGAAAACACCAUGAAGUGUGUCGCCUUGUCUGACUGCAGCUGCUUCUAUAAUGAUGUCAUACCAGCAGGCGGAGUGGUGCAGGAUGACUGUGGAAGAACAUGGUACCUUCUCUACUGUAUUGCCGGCAAGCUGGAGUGCACUGGUAAGUCACGCUGGGUGACAGAGGAAGAGGAGCUCAGGAUUCAGGGUUCCUUCUGGACCAUCAACCAGCCAAGAAUCAGCAUCAAUGCUUUGCGAUGCCACCUGCCAGCCCCAGUUGCAUCAACAUCUGUGGUGCGUAGCUCCACAGAAGGCUCCACUGUCCAGACUGGGUCCAGUGCACAAACCAGUAGCGUGACAAGCACGCCUAGGGUAGCAUCUGAGGUAGCCUCAACCACCGCAGCAUCAUCUGCAGGGACAGUUCCAGUGGAGCACCUGCUGCAACUUCCACAGGAGCUGGAGACGAACGCACAGCUUUCACAACAGGUACGGGUAUCACUCCACCUGGCUUACAUUCUCACAUCGUUCCAGGAAAGCCCAAAAAUUGUGCCACCAUUUUUCUUUGUGGCUACUACCACGCCUCUCCCUGGCACAACGCAUGCCCCAGGAACCUCCACCACAGGCACCUCCAUCAUUUCUCCCAAAAUUACCAGCAGUUCAGAAGGUUCCAGCACAGAGGCCACAACCUCCACAGAAGGCACUGGCAUCAGUGAGGCUGGCUUCAACACAGAGGCCUUGAGCCCCACAGAAAGGGAAGGAGCCACCACCACAGGGUUAUCAGCAGAGGCCACAAGUUCCCUGGAAGGAAGCAGGACCACAAGAACUUCAAUGGCCACAGAAACCUACACGUAUGUCUCGGAGACAACAGCUGCUCCUGGAACUACUACCACAGGCACCACUGUGACAUCCAACACAACCUCUGGGAUCACAGGCAGUUCGACACCAGGUACCUCCAAGGAAGCCCUGGAAACAACCACUGCCCCAGGAGCUACACCCACAGGUACCUCCACGGAAACAUCUGAAGCAAGCACUGCUGCUGGAAUUGCUGCCACAGUUACCACCACGCAACCUUCGGAGACAACCACAGCUGCUGGACUCACAAGCGCAGGAUGCCCACCGUCACCCCCUCCAAUGCCAGUUUGUCAUGGUCCACUGGGAGAAGAGAAAUCUCCUGGAGACGUAUGGGUCUCCAGCUGCCACACCUGCACCUGCACAGAAGACAAUGUCGUGACCUGCCAGCCCCAGGAAUGCCCUUCCCCACCCACGUGCCCAAGUGGAGAGAAGCUUGUUCAGUUCCAGUCCAACGACACUUGCUGCACUAUAGGCUACUGUGAACCAAGAACAUGUUUAUUUAAUGAUACCAACUACGAGAUUGGAGACUCGUUUGGUGACCCCAACAACCCCUGUAUUUCCUACACCUGUGGCCUCACGGGAUUGGUUCCGGUUGUCCAGGACUGCCCAAGGCAGACAUGGUGUGCAGAGGAAGACAGAAUCUAUGACUCAAACAACUGUUGCUAUAAAUGUAAAAACAGCUGCAAGUCUUCCCCUGUGAAUGUGACCGUUCGGUACAACGGCUGCAAGAACAAAGUUGAGAUGGCACGAUGUGUGGGCACGUGUAAGCAGACUGUCAGGUACAAUUAUGAUGUAUUCCAGCUGGAAAGCUCCUGCCUCUGCUGCAAGGAGAACAGCUACGAGUUCAGAGAAAUCACUCUCGCAUGUCCUGAUGGCAGCACCAUCCCUUACACUUACAGGCACGUCACCACCUGCUCUUGCUUAGACCUCUGCCAGCAAGCCAGCACCCCAACGCCCAGUUAGUGCUGCCCCUGCCUUUCCCAGGGGCCGGAGGCCAGGGAUUUGCCUCGUGCCUCAUGGUGCU